AUGGAAAGUACCAGCGGACAAGAUUACACCCUAACUCCCUGUGUAAAAUGUGGAAGCGCUUCGACCCAAAAUGAGGGCAUGGUAUGCUGCAAUGGAUGCGAAGGAUGGUUCCACUUCCGAUGUGUCGGAGUUACCGAAUCCGUCAAACGACAAAAAAAGUGGUUCUGCCCUGCCGAACUGUGCCAGCAGACCUAUUCAAAGCUGUUACGGAAACAGGAAUCAUCAGCAGCGGCACGAAAAGCAGCGUCGGCAAAAAAGGGGGACGGAUCGGAAAAGUCCAGCAAAAGGUCCGAACAUCAAUCUAGUUCCUCCGACGAAGACAAACGUAAAAGUCAACAGGAUGAACAGAAGGCACGAAGCAAAAAACAAGAAGAAGAUCGCAUUCUGGAAAUUGAACGGCAGGAUUACGAAAUUGCGUUCAAGGCUCGACAAUACGCUAUCGAAGCCGAGCUCCGAGAAAGAGAACGAGAAUUAGAGAGGGAAAUGAUGGAAAAAGUUCUUCUCGAAAAAAAAGCAGACGUGGAACGUUUAAAACAAAUGCGUAGCUCGUUCCAAGAGCAAAUGAAUGCUGUUGACGAAGAACUGGCACAAUUAACGAUCAAAGCAAAUCAAACGGCACCUUCCAUCCAACAAAACAAGAAAACUUCAACACCGCUGACUAGAAGAAACAGUAUGUCAUCGAUUAAGUCUGUGAUUCCGGUAUCGAAGAAAACUUGUCCUCAAGAAUCCGAUAGUUCUGAUGAUCCUAAGACUUGCGCUUCGAAUGACUCGUCGGUGGCAAGUGAAUCUGAAUCUGAAAGUGAUUGUUCCAUAUCAACAAACAUAUCCCCUCGUAGUAGACCAACCAGAGCUCAACUGGCAGCGAGAAAUGGCCUCACCCGGAAGCUUCCUCAUUUUUCGGGGAAAGCUGAGGAAUGGCCACUCUUUUUCAGCAGUUUUACCUCCUCAACCAAAGCCUGUGGAUACAACGAUGUCGAGAAUCUCGUUCGGUUGCAAGAAAGCCUAACAGGUACAGCCCUGGAGAGUGUUCGUGGUCAGUUACUGUUUCCCCAGCUGGUUCCUAAAAUAAUGAAAAAGUUGCGCAAGUUAUAUGGUCGCCCUGAGUUGCUGUUGCAUUGUUUUACGGAGAAGGUGCGGAAGUUACAACCUCCUAAAGCCGAUAAACUUUCCACAUACAUACCGUUUGGUAAUGCUGUCGAACAGUUGUGCAACCACCUCGAAGCGGCCCAAUUACAAGCCCAUCUGAACAAUCCUACGUUGAUUCAGGACUUAGUCAGUAAAUUGCCUUCAGGAGAUAAACGAGAAUGGGUUCGUUAUAAGAAAAGGAAAUCGACCGUCAACCUCCGCAUAUUCACCAAGUUUAUCUCAAGAAUCGUCGACGAAGCUUGCGAAGCAAACGUUGAGAUAGAGUCCAUAGGGGAAACGAAAAAUAUGAAUAAACUGAAAGGCACCGAAAAGUUUUCCGUGUUUAACCACAAUUAUGACGACGGCGAGAGGACAACUGCUCAGAGUUUUCAUUCUCAAAAACCGUGCAAAGUGUGCAAUCGCACAGAUCACAGACUGCGUUUCUGUGAGGACUUCAAAAGAUUACCUGAAGCAGAGCGUUUUGAGAUUGUUAACAAAUGGAAAUUGUGUCACAUCUGUUUAAAUGAACAUGGUAGGUUGCCCUGUAGGUUUCGGAAAAUUCGUUGCGACGUAGAGCAAUGCCAGGAAAAACAUCAUCCACUACUCCAUCCAUCAGGAGAGAUUGUCUCUUUGAAUACACAUUCUCCAAAAGAUACCAAGAUCAUGUUUCGUAUGAUGCCGGUAAUACUGACGUUUGGAAAUCAAUCGAUCAACACAGUCGCAUUUUUAGACGAAGGUGCCUCAGUCACGCUUAUGGAAAAAUCUCUAGCCAAAAAAUUAUCGUUGAAGGGUGAAAAAGAACACCUCACUAUCAAAUGGACAGCUGACAUUUCACGGAUAGAGAAAGACUCUAUGCGAGCAAACGUAAAGAUAUCUUCCGUCACCGAUGGGAAAAAAUGGCUUCUUCAAAAUGUUCGCACCGUUAGCGAGCUUCUCUUACCAAACCAAAAUCUAAAUGUCAAGGAAUUGAUCAAUCAGUACGAUUAUCUGCGGGGGCUAUCAGUGCAAUCGUACGGAGGAGACCGCCCGGGAAUUCUUAUCGGCUUGAACAACCUCAAUCUGAUUGCACCGUUGGAAACUAAGGUUGGCAAAGCAGGAGAGCCCAUCGCAGUACGAUCCAAACUCGGAUGGACGGUCCACGGGCCCGUAAAGGAUUAUGUUUCUGGCAAUGCGAAUGAUUAUUUCCACGUUCAUGCAGAGCCGACAAACCAAGAAAUUCACGACCUCCUUAAAUUUCAAUAUACAUUAGAAGAAUCGGUUUUCAAAACUCCUCGUGAAUCCCACGAGGAUAUGAGAGCUCGAAAAAUUCUCGAGUCAACUACGGUAAGAAUCGGCGAUAGAUAUGAAACUGGCUUGAUAUGGAAAACAGAUGAUCCACAUUUUCCGGACAGCUACUGGAUGGCUUUAAAACGCUUUAAACAACUCGAAAAACGGUUCUCGUCGAAUCCGGAGUUGCACAGCAAGGUCUGCAAGCAAAUCGUCGACUACCUACAAAAAGGUUAUGCCCACGUCGCCUCUGCAGAUGAAAUAUCAUCAACGGAACCUCACAAAGUUUGGUAUUUGCCUCUGAAUGCUAUCACCAGCAAAAGUAAACCGGGAAAAAUUCGUCUUGUGUGGGACGCGGCUGCCCAAGUGAACGGAACAUCGCUUAAUUCUCAGCUUUUAAAGGGCCCAGAUAUGCUCGUGUCUCUACCGGCUGUUAUUAACAGAUUCCGGGAGCGUCGUGUAGCGUUCGGUGCAGACAUUAUGGAAAUGUAUCACCAACUCCGGAUAAGAAAUGAAGAUAAACAAUUCCAACGCUUUCUCUUCAGAAAAAAUCCCUCGGAGCCGGUGCAGAUUUACGUUAUGGACGUUGCAACCUUUGGAGCAACCUGCUCGCCUUGUUCCGCUCAAUACGUGAAAAAUCGUAACGCUGAAGAAUACGCUCCAAACUAUCCAGAAGCCUCAGCAGCUAUCAUAGACAACCACUACGUAGAUGACUACUAUGAUAGUGUAGAUUCAUCUGAAGAAGCAAUCGAACGGAUCGCGCAAGUGCGUCUCAUCCACAGUAAAGCUGGGUUCUAUAUACGAAAUUGGGUAUCAAAUUGUAAAAAAGUCCUCGAAAGCAUCGGCGAAGUGAAAGUAGAUCAACAAAUCCACUUCAACAAAGAUAAGCAGACUGAAAACGAACGUGUACUGGGCAUUAUAUGGAACCCUCAAGACGACGCCUUUUCCUUUUCAACUGCCCAUCGACAAGAUGUUCUGAAAUACCUCAACGGAGAAUCCAGACCAACCAAACGGAUUGUAAUGAGCUGCAUCAUGGGAUUUUUCGAUCCCCUUGGCCUUCUGACUCCGUUCACUGUACACGGGAAAAUCCUGAUACAGGAACUCUGGCGGGCGGGCUGCGAGUGGGACGAGACCAUAAACGACGAGUCGUGGGAAAAGUGGCAACGCUGGAUUUCGUUACUCCCUCUUGUAGAGCAAAUACAAAUAGAUAGAUGCUAUCUGGGAGACCUUCACUCUAAGGACGUGGAAUCAAUAGAAAUUCACGCGUUCUCUGACGCUAGUGAGCAGGCAUAUGGUAGCGCCGUUUAUUUUAGAAUUUCGUCAGCGGUAGGAGUGAAAUGUUCUCUCAUAAUAUCACGAACCAAAGUAGCACCGUUGAAGCGAAUUUCGAUCCCGCGAUUAGAGCUGAUGGCAGCAUUGCUUAGCGCUAAUCUAGUUAAAUCUGUUCUUCAAAACCAUAGCUUGAAGGUUGAGCGUUGUUUCUUUUGGACAGACUCGCAGACUGCCUUAAGCUGGAUUCAAUCGGAUCCACAUAAAUUUCAACAAUUCGUUUCGUUCCGAAUAUCGGAAAUCCAAGAACUUACAAAUAUCUCCGAUUGGCGGUGGAUAGCGAGUAAGCAGAACAUCGCAGAUGUACUCACCAAAUGGGGAGUGGGUCCACCCUUACAUUCCAACAGUUCUUGGUUCAAAGGCCCCCCGUUUUUAUAUGAACCAGCGAACCAAUGGCUAUCUGAAAACCAAUCGCUUACUUGUACACAGGAAGAAAUGAAAUCGGUUUUCCUUAAUUACCACGAAUGUCACUCUCAUAAAUUCGUUAUCAAUGUGGAAGAUUUUUCUAGUUUAAAUCGAUUACUUCGUGUCCUGGCAACCGUUUACAGAUUCAUCUGUAACUUAAAACGAAAAAAAGAACAGAAACCCAUAUGGUGUGUGAAAGCGGAAAAAGGGCUAGUGAAGUUGAUUCUGGCAAACCUUUCUACGGUAAUAUGUCCACUACAACAAGAGGAACUGCUGAAGGCUGAAUUUGUGCUGUGGAAAAACACUCAGUUAGAAGCCUUCCCAGACGAAACCCACAUAUUGUCUAAAAUUGAAAGCGGCAGCAGAAAUUUAGGUAAGCCACUUAUUAGUAAAACUAGUCCCCUGUAUCAGUUGACUCCUAUUAUGGAUAUCGAAGGUGUUAUUCGCGUGGGUGGCCGCUUAGCCUACGCAGAACACAUACCCUUCGAUAAAAAAUACCCUAUUAUCUUACCAAAAAAACAUGCAGCUACUCGUUUACUAAUACAAAGCUACCAUGAACGUUAUGGACACGCCAAUCGCGAGACAGUAUUCAAUGAGUUAAGGCAAAAGUUCUACAUUCCGGGUUUACGCACAGCCAUUCAACAAGUAGCAAAACUUUGCAUUUGGUGCAAGGUAUACAGAUGUCACCCGGAAGUUCCCCAAAUGGGCCCUCUGCCUAUACAAAGAGUUACUACUCAAUUCGGUCCCUUUAGCUCAGUUGGAGUGGACUACCUAGGACCGAUCGAGGUCACUGUAGGAAGACGUAAAGAAAAAAGAUGGGUAGCAGUGUUUACUUGUAUGGUUAUACGAGCUGUUCAUUUAGAGCUUGUCUACAGUUUAUCAACUGAAUCCUGCCUUAUGGCUCUACGAAGAUUCAUCUGUAAACAAGGAACGCCAAACGAAUUCUUUUCAGAUAAUGGCACUAAUUUUGUUGGGACGUGGAACGAACUUCGCAAGAAGAUUGACUAUGAAUGCGCUGAAACAAUUAUAAGUUCUCAUAUCAAGUGGACUUUCAAUCCACCCGGAACCCCUCAUAUGGGCGGCAUAUGGGAACGAAUGGUUCGUUCAGUUAAAGAAUCAUUGAAAGCUUUCGACGAUGGUCGUAAACUUACCGACGAAAUCUUAUUAACAACUUUAGCGGAAGCUCAAGAUAUGAUAAAUAUGCGUCCACUCACCUAUGUACCCCAAGGCCCGGCGGAAGAGGAAGCUUUAACCCCCAAUCAUUUCCUACGGACGGUGAAGAAAGCGGAUGGCGACCCUGUUGACGAAACUCAGUUAUCAGAUGCACUAAAGGAUAUUUUCAAGCGGUCUCAAUACCUGGCCGACCAAAUGUGGCAGCGGUGGUAUAAGGAAUAUCUUCCAAUGAUAAACAGACGUACUAAAUGGUUCGAGGACCGAAAGCAAAUAAGAAAAGGCGAUCUGGUAUUGGUGGUUAGUGGCAAGAAUCGAAAGCAAUGGGUAAGAGGUAUCAUCGUUGAAUUGUUUGAAGGACCUGAUGGGCGCACUCGGCAAGUUCUGGUACGGACCGCAAAGGGAAUCAAUCGUCGAGCAGUUGUGAACUUGGCCGUUUUGGAGUUAGACACAGGAAGUAAGUCCGGACAGCCAGAGGAGUCACCGGAAUUACGGGCGGGGGUGUUGACACGGCCACAUCUGCACGAGCAAUCUACUCAUUCGACGAACAUGACUGGGUUAAAAACACCGCAGUAG